AUGCUCCUCUCCAACACCACAGACUCUCUGACAGGAGGAGGGGUGCCUCUCUCGGUGAACUUCGACAGUCCAGAAGAUUAUUUCAUCUUUAUUUUCCAGAUUUUAUUUGCUACCAGCACUGUCCUGGUGGCCGGAACAGUUGUUAUUGGCAUCUUGGUCACCGAAGAGCUGCGCCUGCAGAACAGAUUCAUCUUCAUGCUCAACACUAGUAUCUGUGACACUUUGGUGGGCUUCUCUGUGUUUUACCUGGGUCUGUUUGAUGUGCAGGAGGGGUAUCCGCCGAGAAAUGGUACUUAUAAUGUGUUACCGUCUCUCCUUGGGGUGAAUAUAUUGACGUUUUUGUUCGCGCAGUUUGACCGUUAUUUUGCUGUGUGCCACCCAUUCAUCUACAGCCGCUUCAUUACGAGGCACUUUGUGAUUUGCCUCAAUAUCUACUGCUGGUUUUAUAAUUUCGCCCACCUGCUCGCCAGGAACUUGUUGCCCGUUUCCAAAUCGAUGCAACUCUACGUGUUCAGCAUUGUCUUCUUUCAACUGAUCGUGCUCACUAAAGUGGUCAUGACGAUCAAACUGUAUUUUGUGGCCCGAUUCCAGCUUGAGAGAGACCCUCCGAGCGCAGACAGAGAAAGCAAAAAGGAAUCGCUGAGAAUCAUCAUAUUUGUUGUCAUAAGCUUCUUGGUGUUGUGGUGCCCCUCCUUUGUGAAUAUCAUUAUCAGAUUUACGUCGGGGAGAGGCCUGACAUUCAGGAACGACGCCACCAAUUUGUUCGCCAUCAUGGCUCGUUUAAACGCCCUGUGCACCCCGUCUGUGUACAUCUGGGGGAGUCCGGCUCUGAGGGACGCCACUGUGAGGACAGUGUGGGGCAGAGUGUGUGCACGGUGCAAGAGGAGGUAUGCAAAAAUCACUAUCAUGUUGGAUGUUUCUAUCUAUACAUACAUACUUUUAGAAUUUGUUUUAUUUUUUAUCAAUUGAUGCAGCCAUUGCUCGUCUAAAUUGUCGAUUUUCCCGUUCUUCAGAGUGGGCUCCUUCCAUGGGAGGGGAGAUACCAAGACUGCAUGGAAAUAACCAGAAAAGCCAGUUCAGCACGUUACUCUAGCAAACUGUAUGUUUUUGGUGAGCCCUCUCUAUCCCUCUCUUCAUCCAUGUCCCUGACGCUCUCUGAAAAGAGGAUUUCAAGGAUUCCGUUCCAAAAAAAUACAGUGAAGUUUCAUUCUUAGUCUUUAAGCAUCAUUUCCUGAAAAUGUACUUGAUC